ACUACACUCUGGACCCAUUUCUGCGGCACCGGCAGAGCUCGUGCACGCGCGUGGUUCCCGGAACAAACGGUCUGCUCCAGAGCAUCUGCUAUUCAGGCUCGGCCACUGGAUCUGGCAAAAUUUCUACUUCGUAGUCACUAGUAGAUGGAAUCUACGACGAAGUUGAAGACUCCUGAUGCAGAAAUCACAAAUGGCGCCUCGCGCGAGGGUUUUCCGGACUAUGAGGAUUCACACAACAGUGCACACGCCCAAGGAUAUGACUCACUAGAAGAGUAUGAGAGUUACUUUUCAAAAAUCAUAGUGUCUACCAGCGAGGAGGCUCGAUGCUCCAGCAGUGACCAGGAUGACAAACACAAGACUGAUGAUGAGGAACAGUUGGUACCCUGCGAGCGAAUCAAGGAGUUCCUGGACCCUGGAGUCUUCACAACGUCCGUGUACCCUUCUCAUAUCCGGGAACUCAGUAUCAUAGUGGAGGACGCUUACAAACUACUCAAGAGGGGCACCGUGGGCGGCGAGUGGGGUCUGGACCUCGGCUGUGGUCCGAUGCUGCAGUACUCCCUCAUGCUGAGUGAUCACGUGAAAAAGCUUGUUGUUGCCAACUACCUGGACCAGACCAAGGCCAUCGUGGAAGACUGGCUCAAAGACGACCAGAGAAACAUGCUGAACCUUAACGCUGUUCUACAAUCAGUUUCUGAGGUCACUAAACAUCCGCCUCAUUCUCUGAAGGAGCAAUUACGUAACUGCAUCACAGACCAUGUGUCCUGCGACCUGUUCUCCAAGGAGAACGGAAAGUUCCUGCCCGCUAAGUACGAUAACAAUGAAAUGUUCGAUGUUAUUGUCACUUCUUUGCUUCUCGAGGCUGUCAUCCAGGAUCUGGACACGUACGCAAAAAUUAUCAAGCGGAUCUCUGGUCUCUUGAAACGUUGCGGGCACUUGCUAAUGAACGGUGUGUUGGGUAUGACCUACUGGGACAUGAAAGCUGGAAAGUUCAACUGUGUCACGCUCACGAAGGACAAUGUGGAGAAGGUGCUCAAGGACUGCGGCUUUGUAGACCUUGAGUGGACCAUUGUGGACAGGGAAUACUUCCAUUCGGUCAGCGACUACACGAAGACGUUCCUCGUGCUUGCACGGAAGCCCUAGCCCCUAACCCUUGUGGCCAAUAAAAGCAUUUUCUGGUGAAGCAA